UCUUAAUAAUAAGUCGCCGUCAGGCGACAAUUCCAACUGAACCAUCUCUCUCUCUCUCUCUCUCUCUCUCUCUCUCUCUCUCUAACACAACUGAAAUCUAUAACUCCAGACAUUUCCAUAAAAUCGAAGAUUCCUUCUUCCAACUUUAUCACCACACUCCCUACACCCUACGCCCCACUCUCCCUCAUCUCACGCGCCCCACCACUUUGAUAAUUUACUAAGAUCUGAAGAAGGCCUUUUUUUUUUUUUUUGAGUUCAAAGCAUCUAAUGAUAGGGAAGAUAAUAACAACAUGGGUGGAGUCACUUCAACAAUUGCCGCGAAGUUCGCUUUCUUUCCACCAAACCCGCCUUCUUACACGGUGGUAACUGAUGAGUCUCUCUCCGCUGUGUCUGGUGGUUUUACUACUAGACUGUGUAUACCGGAGGUGCCGAGGAAGGAUGAGGUGGAUUUUUUGAAGUUGAGGACUCGGCGUGGAAAUGAAAUCGUGGCUGUUCAUAUAAAGCAUCCUAGAGCUUCAGCUACUUUGUUAUAUUCUCAUGGAAAUGCAGCUGAUUUGGGUCAAAUGUUUGAGCUUUUUGUUGAAUUGAGUAAUCGCCUUCGCAUUAAUCUUAUGGGAUACGAUUACUCAGGCUAUGGGCAAUCAAGCGGAAAGCCAACUGAAUGUAAUACAUAUGCGGACAUAGACGCGGCAUAUAAAUGCCUCAAGGAGCAGUAUGGGGUUAAAGAUGAUCAACUAAUAUUGUAUGGUCAGUCUGUUGGUAGUGGUCCCACAGUUGAUCUUUCUUCACGUUUACCAAAUUUGAGAGGUGUGGUUCUGCAUAGCCCAAUAUUGUCUGGGAUGAGGGUAUUGUACCCGGUCAAAAGGACUUACUGGUUCGACAUUUACAAGAACAUUGACAAAAUUGGUAUGGUGACCUGUCCUGUUCUCGUAAUUCAUGGGACAUCAGAUGAAGUUGUUGAUUGCUCUCAUGGGAAACAACUUUGGAAGCUUUGCAAAGAGAAAUACGAACCAUUGUGGAUCAAUGGAGGCGGGCAUUGCAAUCUUGAGCUAUAUCCAGAAUUUAUCAAACAUCUGAAGAAGUUUGUUUUGACCAUAGGCAAAUUAAAAACAGCCACAAAUGGUUCUAAGAAAACAACAGAGUCUGAAAAUCAGAACAAACAAUCUGAGAGUGGAAGCUCAGACACUUUUGAAUUGGGUGACCUUCCUGUAAUCUCUAGAAAUAGUUUAGAUAGCAGGCUUGAGAAGUCAAAGAAGCCAAAUAAACCUGAAAAGUCUCGGAUGAGCACUGAUCGUGUUGAUAGAUUUAGAAGAAAAGGAUUGGUCUGGUGAUUAUUUAUACCAAGAGCUUCUUAAAUAAAAUGCAUGCAUUAGUUGACUCGAGAAGGUAAUUUAUUUUUCACUUCAUCUUUUGUAAUGUGCAUUGAGUCUAGUACAAAUUAUUAGAUUUGAGUGUAAUUUUCCACAUAAAUAUUACAUCUGUAUGUAUCCUUAGAGCAUGAGUCAAAUUAAGCGAAAUCUUGUAUUUCAACUCUGCUGUGGAAUCAGCUGCUGUUCAUUUGAAGAUGAAAAUGAUGUGUUCCCAA